AGAGCCAAAAAGAUGCCCUUCCCUAUAACAUAGCUCCCACUCAGUUGCCAACUACGAUCCCAUCCGUCCUCUCUUCGCUACCCCUUAGAAGGGCCAUGGAUUUCUCUUCCGAUCUUGCAUCUCUCUCUGCCACAGUCGCCCUCGGGCUGCUCGCACUGUAUUGUGUCUCGAGAAUCUUCCGAAGAGGUAGCAGCCAUGGGAAGAGAUACCCUCCGGUCGUUGGCACCGUUUUCCAUCAGUUCUUCAACUUCCGCAGGCUCCAUGACUACCACACCGAGCUUUCUCGCAAGCACAUGACCUUCAAGCUACUUGCGCCUUUCCGCCAGCAGAUCUACACCACCGAUCCAACGGUCAUCGAGUACAUCCUCAAGACCAACUUCCCAAACUAUGGCAAGGGAUUGUUUAACUAUCAAAAUUCGAAAGAUCUAUUUGGAGAUGGCAUCUUUGCAGUAGAUGGUGAUAAAUGGCGCCACCAACGAAAGCUUGCAAGCUAUGAAUUCUCAACAAAAGUUUUAAGAGACUUUAGUGGUGCUGUUUUCAAAAGUAAUGCAGCAAAGCUGGCUCAUAUAAUUUCUGAAAGUGCGGUUUCGAAUAAAAAAUUGAAUAUUCAAGACUUGUUCAUGAAGUCAACAAUGGACUCUAUAUUUAAAGUUGGGUUUGGAACUGAUCUUGACUGUUUGCAUGAUUCUUAUGAUGGAAGCAUAUUUGCAAAUGCAUUUGAUGAUUCAAGCGAGUUCAUUAUGCUACGUUAUGUUAAUGUCUUUUGGAAGAUCAUGAAGCUUUUGAACAUAGGUUCUGAAGCGAUACUCAAGGAAAGAAUCAAAGUUGUCAAUGAUUUCAUAUACAAGUUGAUCGAUAAGCGAGCUGAACAAUGUUCAAAUGGAAGGAAUGAUUUAGAAAAGAAAGAAGAUAUCCUAUUAAGGUUUUUGGAGGAGAGCAGGAGGGAUCCGCAAAAUAUGAGCUAUCAGUAUUUAAGAGACAUAGUACUGAAUUUUCUGAUCGCUGGUAAAGACACCACAGCGGGCACUCUAUCAUGGUUCUUCUAUAUGCUUUGCAAAAAUCCUUCAAUUCAAGAAAAGAUUUCUCAAGAAGUCAAGGAAGUAACUGAAGCUAAUGAGGAUGCAAACUUCGAUGAGUUUGCCAAAUGUAUUACCGAUGAAUCUCUUAACAAGAUGCACUACCUUCAUGCUUCACUCUCAGAAACCUUAAGACUAUAUCCUGCCGUUCCCUUAGAUAACAAGGUUUGCUUUUCAGAUGACAUCCUUCCUAAUGGCUUUAAUGUGAGGAAAGGGGACGUCGUGUUUUAUCAACCUUAUGCAAUGGGUAGAAUGGAAUACUUAUGGGGCAAGGAUGCCGAGUGUUUUCGACCAGAAAGGUGGCUCGACGAUAAUGGAACUUUCCAAGCUGAAAGUCCUUAUAAGUUCACAGCCUUCCAGGCUGGUCCAAGAAUUUGUUUGGGAAAGGAGUUCGCUUAUAGACAGAUGAAGAUAUUUGCAGCUGUCCUCCUCCGCUUCUUCAUAUUCAAGCUUGGUGACGAGGGAAAGGUUGCCCAUUAUAGGACCACCAUAACCCUUCACAUUGAUCAGGGUCUCCAUCUUCAUGCUUUUCUAAGAUGAAAAUACAUAGAGUAAUGUUAUUUGGUGUACUGGUAAUUCUGUUAUGGAGAAGGAAAAAGUGACCAGAAUAUAAUUAAGUGUAAAACGUCUUCGCCGAAAUCCUUGCAUGAGUUUGUUCA